AUGCCCCCAGCACCAUCAAAGGCGGGUAUUAUCGCAUCAAACAACGGUGAACGUCAUAUACCAUCUUCUACUCGUGCCGACGGUACAAAAAGGAAAGAAAUAAAGAUAAGACCCGGUUAUGAGCCACCAGAAGAUGUGGAAGUUUAUAAGAACCGUUCCGCAGAAAUAUGGAGAGAUCGUGGAAGCAGUAAAAUACCAGGAGCCGAAGGUCUAAAAGAAGAUCACGCCGAGGGAUCUGCAAUCAGCAAUAAAAAUGCAAAGAGAAGAGAAGCUAGAAAAAAAGCCAGGGAGGUAGCAGAAAAGGAGAAGGAUGUAGUUAAUGAGUCCAAGGAGAGCAAAACUGAAGCAUCUGAGCUUUCAAUUGAUGUCAACGUAGAAAAAGAAAAGAAGGCAAAGAAUCUAAGAAAGAAAAUAAAGCAAGCGAAAGAACUCAGAGAAAGGAAAGAUGGUGGGACAUCUCUAUUGCCUGAGCAGCUAGCAAAAGUCAUCAAAAUCAACGAGCUGGUACGGGAACUACAAGCAUUAGGAUUGAACAAUGAUGAAGAAAAUAAUUUUACAAUAAAAGAAAAUAAAGAUUAA